AGACCUGUGCUGAGCGGAGCAGCUCUGACGCGUUGUUCUGCAGCGCCUCUUGCGCGCACAGAUAUAAAAACCGAGCGCGCACCAAGUGCCCAGAAGAGCAGAAGAGACGCCACAGGACAGCGCGCAAUUCUCCCCUGACCCUCUGGGAAAUAUGCAUCCUAACUUGGUGAGCUGGCUGGGGACUCUGGGGUUCCUGCUGUGGGCGCUGCUCUGUCUGGGCGCGCUGACGGAGGGAUACCCGGUGAAACCGGAGAACCCCGGGGAGGACGCUCCGGCGGAGGAGCUGGCCAAGUACUACUCAGCCCUGAGACACUACAUCAACCUUAUAACAAGACAGAGGUAUGGAAAGAGGUCCAGUCCUGAGAUUCUGGACACGCUGGUCUCAGAGCUGCUGUUGAAGGAAAGCACAGACACCCUUCCACAGUCGAGCAGAUACGACCCUUCAUUGUGGUGAUGCUGUCAUCAGUGCUGGCUCCCACCUCACCACCGCUCCGCUGCCGCUGACAUUCUGGCCUCUACACACCUGCCGCUCCACAGACCUGCUCCCCUCCAGCAGACCACCACCCUGCCUCCACCCUUCUGACCUCUGAGCGCUGCCACGUAUACUCAGCCCCUCCUCCUGAGCCAUCAGCUACAGCCACAACUGCUUAUAGUAUGUGCCAUAACAUGUAAAUAGUUUAUUCAGAGUUCUCAUCUGUGAAAGUAAAGUGGGGGGAGGGCAUGUUGAUUGUAUUGUAUAAUUGUGCUAUUAAAGAAUUCAUUGUUUGAAGAAAUGUA